AUGCUCAGGAAUGAAAAGAAAAUACCAAUACGACAACGGAAAUUGAAAACUUUAAGUUCAUCAUAUGGAUCAAAUAAACCAAAAAUUUCAAAUAAUCAAAUUGAAUCUCAUAAAGAAAUAUUAAAAGAUUCUGAUAAAUAUUUAAAUAAAUUAUUGAAAAAAUUAUAUUUCCCCAAAUCAUUAUCAAAUGAUUAUACAAAACAUUUACCAAAUUUAACCAAAAGUUCAAGUAAAUUGGAUAUUCAAUUAUAUUGUUUCUUAGGGUUAUUAAUUAAGAAUUUCAUAAAUAAAUGGUAUUAUAAAUUAAGUGAUUCACCUGAUUUUAUUAAUGAAUUGAUUCAAUUAAUAUCCAAAAUAACAAAAGAUUUGGAGAAAAGGUUACAAGAUGUCAAUUUUGGGGAAAUGAUUCUUGAUGAUUUCUUCAUUAUUUUGAACAAUCAUUUAUCCUUAUAUAAAUAUAUUCAAAAGAAUCAAGAUUCAAUGUUCUUACCAAUUGAACCAGGUGAUUUCCAUCAUGGGUUUGAUAUAUUAGAUACCCAUCCUGGUUUAAACCCACAAGAUCCAGAUUCAGAAUCAAAUUAUCUUCGAAUCUUAUCGAAAAACAUACUAAGACAUUUAUUACCACCUGAAGAACAAAAAUCUGAAUUAGUUAUGGAAUUUAUGAAAAGUUUAAUAAGUGAUUUGAUUUUAAGAAUCAUAUUGGAAAAAUUAACAAAACCUUAUCAAAUUAUGGAAAUAAUAUCAAUAAUAUGUGAUUUGAUACUUAAAAAAGAAGAACAAAACCCUCCAAGGGAUGAUAAAUCUUCAAUAAUGGAAAGUUUAACAAAUUCAUUGAAAACAUUCAUAAAUUUGAUAUCAGCACCUUCAAACCCCCAAACAAAAAGUUCUCUUGAUAUAUCAAACUUGGGGAUUUGGAAAUUUCUAUCAAAUUUAUUUGAAAUCCCUGGGAAAUCACCAAUUUUAUACUCUUUAGUAUCAUCAGCCUCCAUUAUAACAUCAACAACCAUGAUAAAUUCAAGUAUAAAUAAUUUGAUUUCAAAUAUUACACCAAAAAUCAUAAAUGAAGAUACAAUUUGUAUGAUAUUACAAAAAUUUAGAAAUAUUUUGUUCCCACAGGAUGAUGAAAUGGGACCAUCUCGUAAAGAACCUAAUGAAGAAGAAUUCCAAUUGAUUAAAAGGGGUACGAAAAUGAAGAUAAUCCAAGUUUUGCAGAAAAAGGGGGUUUGGAACUUAUUAAAUGUUGAUGAUGAUGAGAUUGAUGAAUUUUUGAAAGGAUUGGAAGAUGAGCAUAUUAAUAAACAUUUGAUAUUAAGGAUCUUGGAUAUGAUUAUUGUUAAAUUGAUUCCUGAAUUACAAGAAUGA